AUGCGUUUUUGGAUUUUUGGAAGUAACACGGAUUAUUCGUUUGAUCAAAAAUUUCCUAUCGUUAUCGCGAGUAAACAUGCAUUGGGUCGUUUAAUUUUCGAAGCUGAGCACAAGAUACUUUUUCAUGCCGGUCCGCAGCAUUUAUUAGCAUCCGUACGAGAGCGGUUUUGGCCUAUCGGAGGCAGAAAUUUGGCGAAAAAGGUUGUUCGCGAAUGUAUUCGAUGUUGUCAAGUAUAUCCGAAGCCUGUGCAACCACCGAUGGGUAACUUGCCUGUCCAAAGAGUAAAGCCAGCACCUCCAUUUUACAUAACCGGUGUCGAUUAUGCAGGUCCGUUCCUCCUAAAAGAUAGAAAGGGUAGGGGAUCAAAAAUGAGUAAGUACUAUAUUUGCCUAUUCGUGUGCUUUGUUACUAGAGCGAUUCAUCUAGAAUUGGUGACUGAAUUAAGUUCAGAGUGUUUUAUUUCCGCACUCAGGCGUUUUGUGAGUAGACGAGGAAGACCGUACCAAAUGUUUUCCGAUAACGGAACAAAUUUUGUAGGCGCGAGUAAAGAAUUAGAUAGAUUGGGUAAAUUUUUAUUAGAGAACUCUGAUGAAUUGACAACCAUGAUCACCGCUAAUAAGCUUAAUUGGUCCUUUAUACCCCCUAACUCGCCUCAUUUUGGCGGUCUAUGGGAGGCCGGGGUGAAAUCGGUAAAAUUUCAUUUGAAAAGGGUGGCGGGAAAUGUUUCAUUUGUAUUUGAAGAUUUUUAUACAUUGCUCAUUCAAAUCGAAGCUAUCCUUAAUUCCCGACCUAUGACCCCGCUAUCAUCCGAUCCAAAUGAUUUAAUCCCUACUACUAACUCCCGCACAUUUUUUGAUUGGUCGAGCACUUACCUCACUGCCGGAUCCGAAUUUAUCCCAUAUUGGUUUAAAUCGGCUUUCACACUACCAGCAUAUUCAAAUGGUCCAACAACACUUUUGAUCUCGUUGGUCGCGUGA